CAAUUUGUUUGGUUUGGUUGUUUCGGUGUUAAACAAUAAUAAAUAAUAAUUGGAGAAUUCAAAAUAAAAUAAUGUUUUACAUUUUAAAUCUGUGACAUGAGUGUCGCGGUGAAGCCCCUUCAGCCGAUUCUUUACUUUGACUAUAGUUGACUCAUUUUCAACACUGUAAAUGCCGGUAAUCACAACACAACAUUGCGUCAAAUGCUACAGUUUACGGCAUAUUUGACGUUGCCCUAACAGAUGGAUGGAAAUUCCGUCCAAUAAUUGUCGAUGAUAUAAUAAUAUUAGUUCAUCUCGUACGCUCCAAAUAAUUCGUAAUUAUGAAGACCGCUCUGAUGGUGGCGGAAAAACCUUCUCUGGCUGCUUCACUCGCCAACAUAUUGAGUAAUGGACGCAGUAAUUCGAGAAAAAGUAUGAAUUCUGCAUGUCCUGUGCAUGAAUGGUCCGGAACACUUUUUGGAGAACCAGUGAUAUUUAAAAUGACAUCUGUCUGUGGACAUGUUAUGACUCUAGACUUCAAUAGUAAAUUCAACAAUUGGGAUAAAGUUGAUCCAGAAGAACUUUUUUCUUGCCCAACAGAAAAAAAAGAAGCAUCUCCUAAGUUGCGCAUUCCAGCAAUGUUAGCAAGCGAAGCACGUGGUGUAGACUUUUUAAUAUUAUGGUUAGAUUGUGAUAAAGAAGGUGAAAAUAUUUGCUUUGAAGUUAUUGAUGCUGUUAAAAGUUCUAUGAAACGUUCUGGUGAAGUUAAUAGGAUUUGGAGAGCAAAAUUUUCAGCUAUUACAGCAAAAGAUAUUAAAGGGGCUAUGGAAAGAUUAGAUUUUCCAAAUCGUAAUGAGGCAAUGAGUGUUGAUGCCAGACAAGAACUCGAUCUUCGUAUUGGCUGUUCAUUCACUCGUUUUCAAACUAAAUAUUUUCAAGGAAAAUAUGGUGAUUUGGAUUCCUCAUUAAUAUCUUAUGGUCCAUGUCAAACACCAACAUUAGGCUUUUGUGUUCAACGACAUGAUGAAAUUCGAAGAUUCAAACCUGAACCUUAUUGGGUCAUACAAGUUACAAUUCAAUCAAAGGACGGGCAAGAUGUAGUUCUUAAUUGGGAAAAGGGUAGAUGUUUUGAGCGUGAUGCUUCAAACAGCUUGCUUCAAGCAUUGAAAAAACAGCAAAUAGCAACUGUUGUCUCUAUAACUCAACAAGAAAAAUCAAAACAACGUCCUUUAGCUUUGAAUUCAGUAGAGCUUAUGCGAGCCGCAAGUACUGGACUGGGAAUGGGUCCCCAUCAUGCAAUGCAAUUAGCUGAACGUCUUUAUACCCAAGGUUACAUUAGCUAUCCUAGAACCGAAACUUCUCAUUAUUCAGAUAAUUUUGAAUUGCUAGGUGCUUUGAGAACACUUCAAAAAAGCAACGAAUGGGGUCAAGAAAUACGUCAAGUACUUAAUAAUGGUUUAACCAGGCCUAGAAAUGGCAAAGACUGUGGUGAUCAUCCUCCUAUUACACCUACUAUGUUAGCAUCUCGUAAUGAAUUAGAUGGAGACUCAUGGAAACUUUACGAUUUCAUUGUUCGACAUUUCGUUGCUACAAUAUCAAAAGAUUGUAAAUAUUACUCUAAAACUGUCACUUUUAAAAUUGGUUCUGAAAUGUUUACAUAUAACUGGCGAACCUUAAUUGAUGCCGGAUUUACUGCCAUUACACCAUGGAAAGCAUUACCUAAAAAUGAAUUGGCAGUUAAUUUUGAACGUGAUGAAAAGCUUAAUAUCAAAGAUGCUAGGCUCACAGAUCAUAUGACUAGUCCUCCAGGUUAUCUUACAGAGUCUGAACUCAUAUCAAUGAUGGAAAAACACGGGAUUGGAACUGAUGCAUCUAUUCCUGUUCAUAUUAACAACAUAUCACAGCGUAAUUAUGUAACUGUUGCUACUGGACGAAGACUUGUACCUACCAAUUUGGGUAUAGUUUUGGUCCAUGGAUAUCAAAAGAUUGAUAAACAAUUAGUAGAACCAACUAUGCGUUCUACCAUUGAAGACCAGUUGAAUCUUAUAGCCAAAGGUGAAGCAAAUUAUGAUCGUGUUCUUAGGCAGACUAUAGAGGCUUUUCGACAGAAGUAUUUAUAUUUUGUAAAGUCCAUUGAAGCUAUGGAUUCUCUGUUUGAAGUUUCAUUUACUACUUUAGCUGCUACUGGAAAGGCACUUUCAAGAUGUGGAAAAUGUCGACGUUACAUGAAACUUAUCAUAGCAAAACCAUCUCGAUUGCAUUGUUCACAUUGUGAUGAAACAUAUAAUUUACCCCAAAAUGGAAAUAUAAGAAUUUAUAAAGAACUAAAAUGUCCAUUAGAUGACUUUGAGUUGGUAACUUGGUCAACUGGAAAUAAAGGUCGCAGUUACCCAUUAUGUCCAUAUUGUUAUAACCAGCCAGCAUUCAGGGAUAUGAAAAAACAUAGCGGUUGUAAUCUGUGUCUUCAUCCAACUUGUCCACAAGGAUUUUAUGUUAAUGGUAUUGCUAGUUGUUUACAAUGUGAUAACGGAGUGUUAGUAUUAGACCCAUCAUCUGGGCCUAAAUGGAAGGUUGGUUGUAAUAAGUGUGAUGUUAUAUUCCACUUAUUUGAGGAUGCACACAAAAUCACUGUAGAAGAGAGUAAGGAAUGCGAUUGUGGAGCUCAGCUUCUGAAAAUUGAGUACAAAGAGGAACGCACUCGAUUGCCUCGUGAUCUUAUUGAAAUGACUGGUUGCUUAUUUUGCUGCGAAGAGUUUGGAUAUUUAGUUGAGAAAUUCAGAGCUCAAGCAUCUAAGCCUGUGUUUAAUAGCCGCCAGGGUCGAGGGAAAGCAAAACAUAAAGGUAAAGGUAAACCAAAACCGCCUAAAGAUAAAAUGGCACAGUUAGCAUCUUAUUUUGUAUAAGACAUAAAAUAAGUAACUUGGCCCAAUUAAUCAAUUAUAAAAUAAUUAAAUUUAUCUAAGAUGUGUAUUUGGUGUUACUGUACCUACUUUUUAAUAUAAUAUCUUGUUUAUUA